UGAAAGAUGGAGUGGCCGGGCCCUCCUACUAACCCCAUCCCAGCAUCCCUGGGCACAGGGGCUGACUCAGCCCAUUCUCCGGCCCAGAACCUUCCCUGUGCUAGACCCUGGGGCCCUUGUGCCCACAGUCAUGAGGUCUGAAGGGGGUGGGGACAAUGUUGAUAAAAGGCACUGGACGCAGCUCCCACACCCUUCCAUAGCUGCAGCCCACAUGCAGCCCCGGACACAGCCCCUAGCCCAGGCCCUGCCCUUCUCCCUCGGAGGGGUCCUGCGAGACACUGGACUUCGGGUUCCCAUCAUGAAGAUGGGUACAGGGUGGGAGGGCCUGCAGCGGACCCUGAAGGAAAUGGUCUACAUCCUCCUCUGCUGCUGGUGUAUCAAGGAGCUGCUGGAUUAACGGUGGCAGAGACCUGCCUCCACUCCACGGGCACCAUGGCCGGCAUCGCUCAGCACCCAGUUCAGCAUCCAUCAAGACUCCCGGGGCCAGCUGUGCUUGACCAAGGAUGGGCCACAAACAACGAGUGAAGUGCUAUCCUCUUUCGAGUUUGUGCCAUCUGUCAGACCUGCCUCGUCUCUGGGCCUCCGUUCCCAGCCCCCACCGCCAGCGCACCUCUGGUGCACAGGGGCUUGGCCCGCUGGCUAGGACCCCAGUCAGACUGCAGCAGACCUGGCGCUCCUCCAAGUCUGGCUCGGGGAGCCUGCUGGCCCAGAUGGCUGAUCUUACCAUACCCUCCCAAUACCAGGAAUGGCCUGCCCCCAGUCUCUCUGUUUGAGAAUCACUGAACUAUAUGUAUAAUAAACAGGCCUUGAGACCGAAA